GGAAAAAAGGUCGGAGUGCCAAGUCAUCCUAAAAGUUUGAUUUUUACUCGAAUUUUAUUCAUUUUUCUUCCAAAUGCGACGUGCUGCAGGUGCAGGGCAUGAUUAUGGAGCUCCUCAGGAAAAACACAUGUUGGAAGAAGAAAAUGAUAAAAUGGUUGAUGCCUUGUCAAAUAAAGUACAGGCUUUGAAAUCUUUGACUAUAGAUAUUGGCAAUGAAGUUAGGACCCAGAACAAAAUGUUGAAAGGCAUGGAUGAUGACUUUGACAAGACCGGGUCAUUUUUGAGUGCAACAAUGGGUCGGCUCACUGCUUUAACUAAGAAAGGCCAUCAAUGGACUAUGUGUUAUUUACUUAUCUUCUGUCUCUUUGUGUUUUUUGUUGUGUAUUAUUUAAAGAGGAGUUGACAAAAUAUACUCUGUAGAGAUAUAAAUAUAAGCAAAAAUAUUAUAAAAACCUGCUUUAAAAUAGAAAAAAAUAACUGACAAACAGCAAAGUUCAGGGAAGAUUCAUUGAAUUAACAGUACCAAAAAUUAAAUGUAAAUAGUUUGGGAUGGGGGGACAAAGUGGAAAUAUUAGAAUACAUUUUAACAUCAAUCGAAAACAUGAUCACAUUAGCUACUGUUAUUACUGAUAUAAAUAGCCCGGUUUGAAAUUCCCUGUAUUUGUAAAUAUUUAGA